AUGGAUUCGGUAGGACAUCCGUUAUCCGAGUGUUUUUUAAUGCACUCUGAACAAGAAAUGAACUUAUCGAAGGGACCCUUGGUGAACAGCAGCAGUGAAGAUAACUCCAAGUCCACUUUUAGUAAAUGCGGCGCCGGUGCCUGGAGGAUGCACCAGAGCUACGAUCCGCUGGAGGCCAACCACAUGAGAGACGCACAUGCCCUCUACAAUCCCAGGCUCCUCUGCAGAAUGUCUAGUAAGGAGCGUCACUUAGAGUCCAACUGUCCGUCCUCGUAUAUAAAGACUGAGCCCUCCAGUCCUGCGUCUCUCACCGACAGCCUGAACCACCACUCUCCUGGUGGCUCCAGUGACGCCUCCGGCUCCUAUUCCUCCACCAUGAACGGCCAUCCAAACGGCUUAGAUUCGCCCAGCCUCUACGGCUCCAACGCAGGACCCCUGGGACCUGCUGGUGGCCCUGUAUCAAAGCGCUACGAGGACUGUUCUUCAACAAUUGGAGAAGAUUCACAAAUUAAGUGCGAGUACAUGUUAAAUUCAAUGCCCAAAAGACUCUGUCUGGUGUGUGGAGACAUCGCGUCAGGGUACCACUAUGGAGUGGCAUCAUGUGAGGCCUGCAAGGCAUUCUUCAAGCGAACCAUUCAAGGUAACAUCGAAUACAGCUGUCCGGCCACCAACGAGUGUGAGAUCACAAAGAGGAGACGCAAGUCAUGUCAGGCCUGCCGCUUCAUGAAGUGUCUGACUGUGGGCAUGCUGAGAGAGGGUGUUCGUUUGGACAGGGUUCGUGGGGGAAGACAGAAGUAUAAACGUCGGAUAGAUGCCGACAACAGUCCAUAUCUCAAUCCUCAGCUUGCUCUGCCAGCCAAGAAACCAUUUGCCUUUGGCUGCCUUGCAGAUAACAAAAUUGUCUCUCAUCUGCUGGUGGCUGAGCCAGAGAAGAUUUAUGCCAUGCCCGACCCCACAGUACCAGACAGCGACAUCAAGGCCCUGACGACGCUGUGCGACCUGGCUGACCGAGAACUAGUGGUCAAUAUCGGGUGGGCCAAACACAUCCCAGGGUUCUCCACACUGUCACUGGCUGACCAGAUGAGUCUUCUGCAGAGUGCCUGGAUGGAGAUCCUCAUCCUGCGUGUCGUCUACCGCUCACUGUCUUUUGAAGACAAGUUGGUAUAUGCGGAAGAUUACAUAAUGGACGAAGACCAGUCCAAACUUGCAGGUCUUCUGGACCUUAACAACGCCAUUCUUCAACUGGUGAAGAAAUACAAAUCUAUGAAAAUGGAGAAGGAGGAAUUCGUCACUCUGAAAGCGAUUGCUCUAGCUAACUCAGACUCCAUGCACAUUGAGGAUGUGGACGCGGUGCAGAAGCUCCAGGACGUGCUGCAUGAGGCUCUGCAGGACUACGAGGCUUCCCAGCACCAGGAGGACCCCCGUCGGGCGGGCAAGCUGCUCAUGACCCUCCCUCUGCUCCGCCAGACCUCCACCAAGGCCGUCCAGCACUUCUACAGCAUCAAGCAGGAUGGCAAGGUCCCAAUGCACAAACUCUUCCUGGAGCUGCUGGAAGCCAAAGUGUGA